GUUCAUUGAACGGUUAUGAAAGAUACAAUAUAGCGACUUAUGCAACUAGGCCCCGCCUACAUAACCAUAUAAGGCUCCGGAGUCCCUCCCUAUAGCCACACCCUGACGAGCUCCUGCGCUGUGAUUUGAUGAACGGUUUAAGGGCAGGAAAUGUGGCAGUGGAGCUGCAGUCUCUGUGGAGGGACAGCGCCACCAUCCUGUUCUUCCUGAGAAGGUUCGGCUGCCAGAUCUGCCGCUGGACGGCAAAAGAAAUCUCCAAGCUUCAAGAAUCUCUCAGCGCCAACCAGAUCCGUCUGAUCGGGAUCGGACCAGAGAGUGCGGGGCUGCAGGAGUUUGUGGACGGGAAAUAUUUUACAGGGGAACUGUAUCUGGAUGAAUCGAAGCAAAGCUACAAGAUGCUGGGGUUCAAGAGGUACAAUGCUCUUUCUGUUGUUCCUGCAGCUCUUGGGAAGAAAGUCAGAGAUAUUGUCACCUUGGCAAAUGCAGAUGGGGUGCAAGGAAACUUCAGUGGAGAUCUCCUGCAGAGCGGGGGGAUGCUGAUCGUCAGUAAGGGAGGAGAAAAAGUUUUACUGCAUUUUGUACAGGAUUCCCCUGGUGACCACGUUCCUCUGGAUACCAUAGUGAAAACUCUAGGAAUCUCCGCGAAUGUGACUGAAGGACAGCGCCCACAGUGUAAUGAUGAUGUCUGCACUCGAUGAAUGAAGAAUUUGCCGGCCUCCCUGUUCAUUGUCUUCUCUCUCCGCUCCCCAUGAACCUUCGUUGCCUGCGCCAUAACCACAGGGGCGUUUGUAGGAUUAUUAUAGGACCUAAGGGGCUCCCCCGACCUUCCUGUAAUUGAAGCCUAAUCUCUGUGUAAUGAAACAAUAUGCAACUUCUGACACAGAUUUUCAAGAUCUCUGCUUGCUGUCACAUCGUUCUUGACACCCAGAGGCUGAAAACCUUGUCCUGGUCACGUCCAGACGACACAGCUGUAGGACUCGUUCCAUUGUAUCAGGGCAGUGGAUUCAGAUUCAGAUUGGUCUCCAUUUUCUUCAAUGUUAUAAUAAUCUUUAUUGACCUACAACUUAAAGCCUCCUAAUAGUAAUUCACCCCCCCCCCCAAUUUGGGAACCUAGGAUCCUGCAAUAAAGCCCCCUAUUAGUAAUUCACACUCCCCCCUUUAGGAUCUUGCACUAAAGCCCCUUAUAAGUAAUUAACCCCCCUUUCUGAUCAGGAGUUAAAGCUUCCUAUUAGUAAUUAACCCCUGCCCGUUUGGGAUUCUGCACUAAAGCCCCCUAUUAGUAAUUCACUCCCCCCCCCCCCCC